AUGGCAAUGCUAGAGAGCAUCCUCAGCGGCUUGCAGCGCAUAACGGACGACGGCGAAUUGGCGCCUGACUUGCCUGACGCGACCCCGGAUUACCUCAAUUGGGGAUUUACCAUCUACCGCACGGAAUACGGCGGAUCGUCCGAUGAAAGCUGGCUUGCGCUUCUGGACAAUAUCCAGGCCCAGAUUGCAGAGGAGCUACAAGCCCACCAGGACGACGAAGAGAAUGACGAGCAAAGACAGAUGGCAGAGACUCUACAAGCGUUGUUUCGAUUGGACACCCAUUCGGAUAUCACCCUGCUUCAGGACAAGCCAAUGGACGAUCUCCGCGAGUUGUUUUUGCGUUCUGUAGAGGAUGAUCAUGGCGCUUUCAGGCCACACCAGUGUGGAUAUUUCCUCCUGGCCGACUCUGAAGUCUUGCAGGACGCAGGCCGAGCAGUGAACCCGGAAUUCUGGGUCAAGUGUGUGCAAGGCGAUUAUGUGGCAGCAAACUAUACGCCUAAAAACAACCGUAUGGGGGGACAGAGGUAUUUCGGCUGGAUGAAAAUGACCACCAGAAGCAUGUUGGAGCUGUGGGACCAACUGAAUGUUCGUGAUCUGGCAAGUUUGGCGCCCAAGACGAUUGGCGGACUGCAUGUCACCACGUGGAAUGGGGAGCUUAGUUGA